ACAGCCUGAAACACAGGAUGUAGGUCUGCCUGCCCUCUGUGUUUCUCCGCCCCCCAUGUCACCUCAGCUGGGGUGGAGUGGGCGCUGUGACAGGAAGAGUGUGUGUGGGGGCUGGGCGAGCCGGGUGCAGCAGGGCGAGCCUGGGACCUGGAUGGCUCAGGGAUGGGCUCUCCUGGCUGGACAUUCAUCCUGCUGCAGCUCUGGGGCCUGCAGGGAGCUGUGAGCCUGAGUGUACAGCAGUGGCCCCCGUGCGUGAAUGUGACACAAGGCGGUGAGAUGUCGCUGUUCUGCGGGGUGAAGCAGAGUCAGUCCUGGGAGAGGCUGCGUGUGGAGUGGGCCCGGAACAACGUCGUUUUUUGCCACCUGCUCAUCUCCAAUGGCAGCCUCAACCCUGAAGACUGCGAGUUUCGGGGACAGCUGUCCUGGUGGCCACCCGCAAACUUCAGCCUGCGGCUGGACCACGUGAGCCUUAAUGACAGCGGGGACUACGUGUGCCGGGCCACCCUGGAGAUUCCCAAGUUGCAGAAGGCCAAGGGCAACGGGACCAAGGUCAAGGUAAAAGAAGGUGGCCUCCAGCUGAAGGAGACCUCCCACCCUUCAGGGCUCCUGUUGGCGCUUCUGGUGGCUGGGGGUGUGGUGGCAGCCUUGGUGGUGCUGGGUGCUGUGUUGUGGGGUCUCAGCAGGUGUCGUCGGGAGGACUCGGGGGAGAGCGCCUGCCCAGAAAAUUCUUUCUACAGCAAUGUCCUCUACCGGCCCCGGGAGAGUCCACGCAGGCUUCAGGACCUGCCUAAGGAGAAGGACACAGCCAGGGAGCAGAGAGCCCAGGCAUCUAUCUCCCCACCUUCCCCAAGCCUGCCCCGCGCCAGCAGCUUCCUGUCAACAAACCCAGCCCCAGGCCCAGGCCCAGCCACACCAUCUCUGCCCACUGUGAGUCUCUCGCGAGCCCCAGGAGGUAGGGACAGGCCACAUGCCAAGAGGGAUCCUGGAAGUCGAAAGAGGCUUUGGAGACCCCUAAGAACCCAAAAUGGACCUGGACAAGAGCUAUGUGAGGGCGUCGCUGUUUCUAUAAGGAGAGGGGGCGUCCGACAGCUCCAGGCUGAGAUCAAUGACAUGACCCAGGGACUGUUAAUAAAGGCUCCUUUAGAUACUGUGUAUGGAGCCCAGGACCUCAACAAUUCUACUUGUGAUUUACUGCUGAACCACACCCCAUCCUUACUGGGGAUUCUAGGAGGGGCUCCACCCUGA